CCCGAGGGCUGGAGGAUGCGGCUCCCCGGCCACCACAGCAGCCGUCCCCGAGCGUCUGCGCCCCUGGGGAUGGGUGUGAGACGAGCUGCAGCGGGGGCGGGGCCGGGGCUCUUCUGCCAUGCCAGCCCCUGGACUGAAGCCCUGCCCGCCCACAGGCGGCCCCUCAAUAAAGCUGCCCGUGACCUCCGCCUGCCUCGGCCGGUCCUUCCUGCGCAGCCGAGACAGCAACGCCGCCCGCUCUGCGGCCGGUACCGCGUCUGGAGCCGGGGCCAAGGCCUGCCCCCAUCUUGCCUGGCAUUGCCAUGGCGACAGGCUGCCCGCGGACGGUCACGUGGGCGGCACGAGCGGCGCACGUUGCAGCGCGAACGCGACGGGCACGCGGGGAGAGGACGAACUGCAACUCCCGGCGUGCCGCGCGCCGCCCGCGCAAUGCACGCCGGGAAGCGUCCUGCAACUCCGCCUCCUUCUCCCGCCCGGCGCGCUGGCCACGCUCCUCCGCUCUGCCAUUGGAUGGAAGGCGCGGCGGAGGAGGGAUCUCAGUGGCGUUACCGCUUCUCAUUGGCCGCGCUGGCUGCAGGUCGUGGGCGGGGCCGAGGUCGCGCGCGGCUCGCCGGAAGGCGGAAGUGGAGCAUGGCGGCGGGUGCGGGUGGGCUGGUGGCGGCGGCCGCGUUGCUGUUGGCGGUGGCCGGGCCCCGCCCGGCGCCCGCCGAGCUCACGGACGGCAACAGUGAGCACCUGAAGCGGGAGCACUCGCUGAUGAAGCCGUAUCAGGGCGCGGGCUCCGCCGCGAUGCCGCUGUGGGACUUCCAGGGCAGCACCAUGGUCACCAGCCAGUACGUGCGUCUGACGCCCGACGAGCGCAGCCGGGAAGGCUCCAUCUGGAACCGCGUGCCCUGUUUCCUCAAGGACUGGGAGCUGCACGUUCACUUCAAGAUCCACGGAGCCGGCAAGAAGAACCUGCAUGGGGAUGGCCUGGCCCUGUGGUACACGCAGGAGCGCUUGGUGCCAGGUCCUGUCUUUGGCAGCAAGGACAACUUUCACGGACUGGCUAUCUUCCUUGAUACAUAUCCCAACGAUGAAGCAACAGAGCGCGUGUUCCCCUAUAUUUCUGCCAUGGUGAACAAUGGGUCCCUGACGUACGACCACAGCAAGGAUGGGCGCUGGACGGAGCUGGCAGGAUGUACUGCCGACCUUCGGAACCAGAACCAUGACACUUUCCUGGCAGUUCGGUACUCCCGAGGCCGGCUGACGGUGAUGACGGAUGUGGAAGACAAGAACGAGUGGAAGAACUGCAUCGACAUUGCGGGGGUGCAGCUGCCAACUGGCUACUUUUUUGGUGCUUCUGCUGGCACUGGGGAUUUGUCUGACAAUCACGACAUUAUCUCGAUGAAGCUGUUCCAGCUCAUGGUGGAGCACCCACUGGAAGAUGAGAGUGUUGACUGGACCAAGAUUGAGCCGAGUGUCAGCCUCCUUAAAUCUCCCAAAGACAAUGUGGAUGACCCAACAGGGAAUUUCCGAAGCGGGCCUCUGACGGGCUGGAAGGUGUUCCUGCUCCUGCUCUGCGCGCUGCUGGGCAUCAUUGUCUGUGCAGUGGUGGGAGCUGUGGUCUUCCAGAAACGCCAGGAGCGGAACAAGCGCUUCUACUAGUGAGGACCCGGGCUGUGGCCUGGACCCAAACCCAUCUUUUCUAUGGGGAGUUGUACAAACUGUGGUUUCUAAAAGCUGUUUCUGAGAAAUAUCAGAAGUAUUUUCUUACCUGUCUGUGUGGCUGUAACCCCUGCCAGCACCCGGCCCGUCGGACCCAGGAGGGCGAUUCCGUCUGCUGCAGAAGCUGUCCUUGACCCGUGGCUGUGGUGGGGGAGCCCAGAGCUCGCUCCCCCUCUUCCUAGCACUCCCCCCAUGGAAGGGGGGUGGCAGUGGCAGCGGGCAUGAAUGUGAUGGGGUAGGGGGGUGG